CCUCAAGGAGGUCCAAAUACCAGGUUUAGCGCAUUUGAACAUGUUCAAGAACCACGAAAGGCCUAGUGCACAUCCUUAAGGCUCAAUACAAUUCAUUUUUUCAAGACAUUUAUCUAAGGUCCGUCGUUAACAACGUCAUUUCUACAAGACAUCGCCAACGGUUUUUUCGUGGGACUUUGAAGAAAUGUCAGCAAGAAAUGAAUUGUCUCGAGCUCUAAUAUCCAAGAGGAAGCUCGAUAUACUACGCGUCAGAGGAGACAGGAACGACGAAUGCUUUCGCGGCUGUUCGACAGUACAACGCGGGCACAGCUAGGAUACUUCGCACUGAAGAAUCUGCGACUUCACCAGUCCGGUUGAAAUUGAGCAUAGACAAAAGCAAGUAUGAUUAAGGCUUGGCCUAAUCCAUUUGGUGAAGCAGCUUAGGCCUGUCCCAUAUGAAGGGGAAAAUACAUAGUUUAACUAGAUGAAUGUCCCACCCGCGCUGGAUUAGGGUGGGCUCUAAUGUGAUCAGCAGCAUGCUCGAGGCAGUAGUG